AACAAAGGAACAAGACCUCAAGCCUCCAUCUUUGCUGGCUCUGAGUAUUUGCUGGUUUUAGGCUGUGCUUUUUUCCACCAUCUGCCUUUUAUCCCUCCAUUCAUGUUCAGACCAUUGAGAGUGCUAGCUAGAGGGGGAGUUCUCUUGUGACAGCCUUCAGACUGAGUUAUGCACUGGUCUGGUCCAUGGAUUGAAGUAGAGACCACUAGGUCUCUUACCAGUGGCUCUCAGAGCUUGAAGCUAAAUGUAGUUGCCUUUAAUUCUGGUACAGAGCUGUAUGAGGAGUCAGAUGGUGUGGCUUAAAUGUUGGCGGCUUGGGAACUUGCAAAGGGAGAACCCAGUGGAUUACCACAGUCUGGUUAAUGAGUGCAUAAUUAGGUUUUGUGUUAGGUUCUGUGUUAAAUGGGAGGCAAAGAAGACAACUGGUCUCAUCUCUUGGAAGUCUCAAGUCUUGGAAGAAGAUAAUCGUUUAAAAUGCAUGCUGUCUUUCAUUCGUUGCUUGAGAACAUUCUCCUUUGUUAUUUCCUGUAUUCCUUUUCCCCCUAUGACUCAUGACUACCACAAGAAUUUUGGAUAAGAGGAGAGAAAUUGUUAGCAGGAAUAUAAUUGAUUUGUGCAGGUUUGGGCCUGUUGAGCUAGCCAGGCCAAACUAAAACAAUGGCCUGCUGAACACAAAAAAAUGAAGAAUGCUGAUUUUUUUGGUGGUGAUUUAUUGGUGUUGAUUUUUUAUUAUUUUUUUUUUGAAAACUGCUUGCAAGUGAAAUAGCAAAGAGGGGCUUUGUCCAGGCUAAGAACAAGAAACAGAGCUUAUAACUUUCCUGAUUAGUCUGCUCAGUGUUCCGCCCUUUGUUGGAGGAACCAUUGAGAUGAGUAAAGAAUGCAGAGCCCCAGGUGUCAUGGACAGUGGUGAAGGUUAUUUUGCAUCAGUACUGAAGACAUGUCUUUGUUACAGAUCUGGCCUCCUUUUUACGCAGUCGUAGUGUUGAUGUUGAUAUAUGUUUCUGUGUGUCUCACAUGAUUGUCUUUGCUUUGCCUUCAGUAAGUCAUCAUUCUGUGUCAUUGUGGCGAUAUACAACAAGAUGUGUCUUUGUGAUCUUGUUUUUAUUUUUGAAAAAUGACCAAACAUGAUUAAUUUUUUUGUGAGUCUGCUGAAGGUUGCUGGAUAAUUUCAUGAUUUAUAUUCUAGAAAUAUUUUUUAUUCUUCUUUAGAUGCCAAGUGAUUGUGGCAAAUUCUACACUAGCAUGUGGUCUGUGUUUGUAUCUCUACUUAUAUUUCUUUUAUAGUGGUGUUACUUUGGUGUAAGGAAGUUGAUUUUUGGAGUUGUAUUUUGAUUUGACCCUCUUCAUUAACAUCCGUGUAUAAAUAAGAAAUGGACAUAUUCCAGAAUCUCAACUGGAGCAAUAAGACAAAUUUGUUGUUUUUAUCCAUUCAAGGGAAUUUAUGAAAAAUAUUGUUUUAUAAAAAAAUGUUCACCUAGACGAAUGAAAAAUGGCUUGUGUUGCCCCAGCAUUUGAAACUUGAGCUGUUUUAUUUUAUGCCAUUUAUUUUUGGAGCAGCAGCAUGACAAAUUCACUCGUCCAUCAGUUGAGGAAGAAUGGUAAUCCCAAACAGGCUUUUCAAGUAUUCCCACAUGUGGAGUAGUUUCUAACCUGUACAAUUAGGCUAAUUUGUGUAGCUAAAAUUAUUAUGAUUCUUUUUUCUUUUCUAAAAACACUCUUGACACUAUGGGGAGUCAGUCAGAAUUGAUAGAUGAUCCUCCAUUUGCACAAAUCCUACCCACACGUUCCUUCUGCCAUAGAAAAAAUUCACUGUGUCCUGUUGUAUCAGUAAACAAUCUGGUUACGAAAUGGCGGUUGGAAGCAGAGGCCCUUCCCUCUUUCUCCUGUUCUCUAUUGGAAAUGAUCUCUCUUUGGCCUGUAGGGGGAGGGCUUGGGAAGAAGAACAGGACUACUUCAAGGCAAUGUUUUUCAGAUAUUGAUAUAAAACAGCCAAGCUUUUUCCUCUCUCACUUCUGCUAAAUGAAUAUAAUGCUGAAAAUGAAACCAUAGUAGUAAAUUGUUCAUGUUGCCGAGAGAAAAGUUCAUCCCUAAUGUAUCAGUGUUUUAGAUUGGGGUCUUCUCUUUGAAAGUGAGAUGAGAUCAGCUGGAGAGCUACACUGAUGUCACAUUAUAAGCAAUAGGAAUGUGCUGAUAAGGAAAUUGGUGUGGAGUUAAGGUCAGGUUUAAACCUGUCAUACCGGAAAUGCCAAUGGAUAAAGUUGCAGUACAACAUGCUGUUGGUGCAAAACAGAGCAAACAUCUGGUUUAGCGUAUAUUAUGGGACUAAAGUAUGGAGGUGCUGCCACUUACUGGAUGUCAGAUUCUCAAGUUCUGGACAUAUCAAUUUCUUUGUAGCCCGUGUAUGUCUUUGAAUAUAAUUUACGCAUUUAUUUAAGCAUCAGGUUUGUUUCACCCAAACAGAAUUCAUGUUAUGGCUGGGUCAGUGCUUCGUAUGAUCUGAAGGACCGUGUUUGGCUAGUUCUAUGUUUGAAAAUGCUAUUACAUCUUCAAGACUGAAUUUGGUUUAGUGUCACUCAGUUAUAGUGAACUGUGAAAUUGAGUCAAUUUAUUAUACUAUUUGGAUAGAAGAUUUCUGACACGUCAAAUAAAUAAUGUCUGUAAUAAUUAUGAUCGAUUGACAUAGGAUCAGAAAUUUCUAAACACUAGAAAUCCCAUGCAUACUACAUACACCUUCAUUUAAUACCUUUAUUAUAAGUGUUUGUUGGAAGCCUUUCAGUCAUGCAAGCUGCUCUUGAUCUUACCCAAAACCCCUAGAAGUGUCACUUCUCUGACAAGUAAUCUGUUUUUUAUUGUUCUGUAUUUUGAAUUCAGACAGUACUUGGUUUUUGAAAAGAACACUUUCUGGACUGUCAAUACUGAAGAAAAGUGCAAAUCCUCUUUUCCCACUUGGAUAUACUGGAAUCUUUACCCAAAUGUCAGAUCAGACAGGAUUUAAUAGGAUGUUACCCAGGGUUAUUUCUACUGGUCAUUUUAUCGAAGGUAAUGUACGGUGUAAUCUUUCCAAAUGUGUGCGCACAUAGUCCAUAAAAAUUCCUGACAUGACUGAUUUGGAAGGGACUAAAAUCCCAGAGAUACUCUGGUGAUAAUGAUAUUAUACUACCUCCCCAUGUUAAACUAAUCCAAUCUGAAUAGAAUUAUGAUUCAGCCUGGAUAUUUUCACUCUUUUGAUUGUUCUGUCUUUGAAAAAACCUGUUUCAUGUACAGGAUGCAGUAUGUACAUUGGAGGAUGGGAAGCCAACAAGGUUGCUGGAUAAAUUCAGAUGUUAGAUGUACAAAUCAGUAGUAUUAAAUGAAGGUACCAAACCAGCUCUGGAGCAGUGUUCCAGAUGUUUUCAAGGAUUGAUUUUCAGUGCUUUUUUGUAUAUUUUUUUUCUGAUAUGAGCUAAUUCCUCAGGCCUUUGGUGAAAGCAAUAUCCUGACUCAAAGAGAAACUGAGAUAGACAGCCUUAUCCAAAAAAAAGUUUGCCAACACUUGCGUCUUUGUGGAAAAACAAUGGUGUACCUAUGUUCACAAGUCUUGAUUAAAGAGGAAGGACAUCAAGACCACACUGGAAGCUAGAGUUUGCUGAGAGAGAGAUUCCUUUUGGAGUAAGUGAUGCACCCUUUGCUCAGGGUUCACUUUGAUGGCUUCUCACAUUGUCAUUUAUGGUUUUGAUGGACCAGAACCUCAGGGUUGGUUAGGUGUGGGGGGGACUCUUAUUAUGAAGUGGCUCCCCUUGUGGUGAGAGAGGGAAACAGAAAGAAGGACCGACCUUUGUUGAGAGAGCAGCUCCAACGAACGGCAGCCAUUUUCUGUGUCCUGUGGAAGGCAGCCAGCGUGGCUGCCAAUCAGAUGAGGAGGUUCUGGGGAGCAAAGGCAUGGCUGGGGGAGGGGCAGCCAGGGGAAGAGCCUGGAUUUUGCUGUAAUUACUACACCUUCUGACCUCCUUCCUUUGAGCAUGGCUGCUGAAAAUCACUACAGUAGAUGUUGAAGGCUGGCAAGUGAGUGACCUGCUGGUUUGGUCAAAGGGAUCACAGGGAAGAGAGAACCAAUGAAGACUGAGAUUAUGAAAGACUCACACAAUGAAGUAGAAGACGGGCUUGAGGAGCCCUCAAUCAGGCGAGUAGAACCUUCCAAAACAGCAGAGGAGCUGAAUGGGACCUUUAAGAGCACAGAACCCAACAAAGCUCAGCAGGACCUUGAUGUCCAAAGGUCAUCCACCCAAUCUCAUGCCAUGGAGAAUGGACUCUCAGAAACUGAUCCUCCUCACGGCUCCACAGUGGGCAGUAAUGGAUAUAUUCUCAGUAAGGCGCAGGACGACUCGCCAGCUACCCAACACAGGACUAACUGGUCCCCUAAGGGAACUUCGCCCGUAGGGUACGCAGCUAAAACACUCCCUCUUUCAGCUACAUCCCAAACCCAGGGCCAGGGAGCUUUAAGGACUAAUACAAGCACAGGGCCCAUUCUGGCAGAGGGGCGCUUGGAAAAUGAGACUAAAAAUGGCACUGCUACGAACACGCCUCCACGUGUGACAGUGCACAGAGCACGCAAGACCAUGUCCAGGCCAGCCUCGAAUCACGCACUAAAGGUUUUAAACAGGGAAAUAAAAGAGCCAAGCGUGGUGAAAGGUGAGAGUGUGGACAGAUCAGAAGCUCAACCGCCUGUGCAGGCUCCUCCCACUCAGAACCAGCUACCUCAGAAGCAAACUGAUGCCACACCAGCACCAAUCACCACACCAGCCAAGCCACACACAGCAUCUGUGUUGAGGAAGAAGAAGAGAAAGAUGGGAACAUACAGCCUUGUUCCCAAGAAGAAGACCAAAGUGCUAAAGCAGCGCACGGUGCUGGAGAUGUUCCAGCGUGUACCCCAAUCUCCACCCACUCCUCAGGUCUCUUUGCAAUCCGUUGCUCUGCAGCAGCCAAAAGAGGCCGUGCUGGUGAACGGGGAUCGAGCGGAGAACGAGUCUGAUGAAUCAGAAUCAGAUGAUGAUUCCGAAGAUGAUGAAGAGACAACUGGAAAAGAAAUGGCUGAAACAUCUCAGGAGGACAGCAGACUGGCUUCAAUCCCACAGCUUGGAGAGGAGCAUGAGUCUGAAGAGACUGCAGAAGAGGAAGGGGAAGAAGAGCAAGAUGAGUCAGACUUGAGUUCUGAAUCCAGCAUAAAGAAGAAGGUGAAAAAGAAGGCCAAGGCAGACAGUCCUUGGCUCCGGCCUGCCAGAAAACGUAAAAAAAAGUUGAAGACAAAGUCCACGGAAAUUUCAGGUAUGAAUGCCCAGACUCAGUUAGAGAUUUCAGCCCAAACUCCUGCUCCUCUCCCUGCCCCUGCUGACAAGGACAAAGAGUACACAGAAGUUCCAUUAGAGUCGCUUAACCUGAAAGCCCAGGAUGCCUUGCUGAACACUGAAAGCACGGAAGCCUCUAGCACAGCGCAGAGUUCAGCAGCGGACAUGGUGCAGGAGCUUCCGCUGUGUAGCUGCCGCAUAGAGACACCCAAGAGCCGAGAGAUCCUCACUCUGGCUGACAGGAAGUGCAUGGCAACCGAGAGUGUGGACGGACAGCUGAGUCGGUGUCAGAGCGCAGUGCUGAAGCACGAGAUGAUGAGGCCGUCGAACUCUGUGCAGCUGCUGGUGCUGUGUGAAGAGCAUCGCACAGGGAUGAUCAAACAUCAGUGCUGCCCUGGCUGUGGCUACUUCUGUAGGGCGGGAACCUUCAUGGAGUGCCAGCCAGAGGUGAACAUCUCUCACCGCUUUCAUCGGCAUUGCGCGUCAGUACUGAAAGGUCAGAGCUUCUGUCCACACUGCGGCGAGGAGGUCAGCAAGGCCAAAGAGGUCACUAUCGCCAAAGCAGACACCACCUCUACAGUGCCUCGGAGCCAGAGCCCUGGCAUCCCGGCGACUUCAGAGGGCAAGGCAGACACCACCACUGGAGGGCUGUCUCACCUCUCAUUAUCGGGAGAAGGGAAAGCAGACAGCACUUUAUCCAGACCCUCUGAUGUCGGGAAUGGAUCACUUGCCCCAGAAGCCAGCAGGCCAGAGCACAUGGGUGCAGGAGCUGGAGCUGGACCCCCUAUAGCACCUCCUAAGGAGACUCUGGAAACCAUUUUGUUGGCACUAGAUGCAGAGAAGCCCAAGAAGCUUCGCUUUCACCCUAAACAGCUGUACAUCUCUGCUAAGCAGGGGGAGCUGCAGAAAGUCUUAAUGAUGCUCGUGGAUGGAAUUGACCCAAACUUUAAGAUGGAGAGCCAGAGCAAACGUACACCUCUCCAUGUAGCAGCUGAGGCCGGACAUCAGGAGGUCUGCCACAUGUUGGUCCAGGCCGGUGCAAACCUGGACAUAUGUGAUGAGGACCAGCGCACACCUCUGAUGGAGGCCUGUGAGAACAAUCACCUGGAUACAGUACGCUACCUACUGAGAGCUGGAGCCAUCGUUUCCAACAAGGAUGCCGAAGGCUCUACGUGUCUCCACCUUGCUGCUAAGGCUGGACAUUUGGAUAUCGUAAAACACUUGCUGUUUACAGGCCUUAUGGACAUUAACUGUCAGGAUGACGGUGGCUGGACAGCAAUGAUUUGGGCAACAGAGUACAAACACAUUGAACUGGUCAAGCUGCUGCUAUCUAAAAAUGCUGAUCCCAACAUCAGAGACAAGGAGGAGAAUAUCUGUUUGCACUGGGCAGCGUUCUCUGGCUGUGUGGAGAUUGCUGAUGUUCUUCUGAGUGCCAAGUGCGAUCUUAACACUGUUAAUGUGCACGGAGACUCUCCAUUGCACAUCGCGUCGCGGGAAAACCGGUUGGAUUGUGUCACGUUGUUUCUGUUGCGGGGAGCUGAUGUAAACCUGAAGAACAGGGAAGGAGACUCGCCACUAGAGUGCUGCAGCCAGAACUCCAAGGUGUGGAGCGCUCUGCAGGCCAGCAAGAGACAGAGAGAGGCGAGCGGUGAAGGACGCAGCUCAGGAGAGAAGCUCCUCAACAGGGAUAUAUCUCGAGGUUACGAGAGAGUACCUGUGCCGUGUGUGAACGGUGUGGACAGUGAGCCCUGCCCCAGUGACUACAAAUAUGUGCCUGAUAGCUGUGUCACCUCCCCCAUGAACAUAGACAAAAACAUCACUCACUUACAGUAUUGCGUCUGUAAAGAUGACUGCUCCUCGGCCAGCUGCAUGUGCGGUCAGCUCAGCCUGCGCUGCUGGUAUGACAAGGAGAGCCGUCUGCUGCCAGAGUUCUGCUCUGAGGAGCCGCCUUUCAUUUUUGAGUGCAACCAUGCCUGUUCCUGCUGGAGAACCUGCAAGAAUCGCGUUGUUCAAAAUGGACUACGGAUUCGAUUGCAGCUGUUCAGGACUCAAAAAAUGGGCUGGGGUGUUCGGACAUUACAGGACAUCCCGCAAGGAACCUUCGUCUGCGAGUACGUCGGGGAGAUCAUCUCAGACGCAGAAGCAGAUGUCAGGGAGAUUGAUUCCUACCUUUUCAGCCUGGACAGCAAGGUUGGCGAUAUGUAUUGUAUAGACGCCCGUUUCUAUGGCAACAUCAGCCGGUUCAUAAACCACCACUGUGAGCCGAACCUUUUCCCCUGCCGAGUGUUCACCUCCCACCAGGACCUGCGCUUCCCGCACAUCGCGUUCUUCGCCAGCAAGAACAUCAGCGCCGGAGACGAGCUAGGGUUUGAUUACGGUGAUCAUUUCUGGGACGUGAAGGGUAAACUGUUCAGCUGCCAGUGCGGCUCGUCUCAGUGUAAGCACUCGGCAGCGGCGAUCGCUCAGCGGCAGGCGGACAGCACGCCGGGAGAACAGCAGACCACCACCCUCCCAGAUACCAGCUCAUCUACCACACCGUCCAGCCCCACCUGAGCCUCAUCAUGCUCCUGCCCUUAUCCUCCAUCUACCAGCCAUCACCAGCGCACACACACCUCAGCAGGGGAAUCCUAGCAGAGAGGCAGCCUGGACCACUGGCCUUUUUUGGCUACAGCGCUCUUGGUUUAACUCGUCGUUGGCCUGCAGAUGAAGGGUUACGCACAUGUACAGAUAUUUCGUGUUAGCGGAGGAUAGAAUCUGACUAUGGUGCUGUAGCGUGUUGGCUCUCAGAAAACCGAGGUUGUGCUCGAGGCUGUCCUCGAGCCUCUGUAGGAUUAUGCAUCACUCUGUCCUUUGAAGAACAAGCAGAAGAUGAUGUUUUAAUGUUACCAACGUCCACGCACAAUGCAAAAGCCGUGAUGUGUUUACUUUUCCUCGUCUACAGUUUUUCAGAUGUGAGAUGCACUUAGUUGUGGCACACCUACAUUUCUCAAGGACUUCAUUCUGCAGGAUCUUAUGAUGAAGCUUUUGAAAUUCCAAAUGACAAUGUCAGAUAAUUUGAAGAUGUUUUUUUUUUUUCUUUUAAAUUUCCCCAAUAAAUGUGUUGUAUUUUCAGAAAAGCUGGAUGUGUGAUGAACAUGUAUAAUUUUUUUUUUUCUUUCAGUUGACUCAUUUCCAGAUAUUGUGAGCGUCUGUUUGUGUGGUUAAAUUCUCAUCGGUGCUGGACGUUAUUUAUUUGCCAGUGUUUGUCGAUCAAUUCCCAUCUGCUGGAUGUAUUCUCGUAAUCCUGCACAGAUCGUGGGAGGGACCGUGAGCCUCAGAGACAAACUGCCCACUUUGAGCUGGCUUCUGCAUGUUACUGAUUAAAUCUGAAAAGCUUCUUAUGCUGUUUCAUUGCUGUGAAACCGUAAACUGGUCAUGAGAGGACUUCUGACCGCCCUGCUUUAUGACCUCCAGGAGUGGACGAAAACAUCUCAGCAGCGACGGUCUGUCUUUCCUUCAUGAUUAUCAUGUUAAAACUUUAACAUUUGGCAUUAAAGGCCAUAUGUAGUGUAUUAGGAAUUUUGGUUAGGGAAUUUGUGGUUAUUGAAUACUGCAAAUGGUGCUGAACAAAGAUUUUGUUUGUUUUUAUUUUUUAUAACUCAAUGUGAGAAUACACAUUCUGAAAUAAGAUUAACCAAGUGAUGUUUUUUUUCUGUUAAUUUUUAUUAAAUUUACCUCCGGUUUUCUAACUGUAAAUGACAUUGUUAGCCUGUACCCAUUUUGUUACAUUUAAUGAUUUAAUGUUGAUGGUGAAGCUAUGUCUUUUUUAAUGUUGAUAGUAUAGUCACAACCAUUGUGCUCAUUCUGCCAUGUAGAUCCAAAACACUGCAAAAUGAAAAGAAAAAAAUGCUACAUUUUUCUCAAGAGACACGAAGGUGGUUGUAAUUAUUUUUUUCUCCAAUAAAUUUACUUCUAAUAAAAGUU